AUGAGCAGCAGUGAAUCUCUGUUACCAUAUUACACGGCCCAAAGCUACCGGGCCACGAGUGUUUUCAACACAUCAAUGGGGGAUCUCCAGCGGCAACUCUACAAGGGCGGGGAGUAUGACAUCUUUAAGUAUGCACCAAUAUUUGAGAGCGAUUUCAUCCAGAUCACCAAGAAGGGGGAAGUGAUGGACGUGCACAACCGAGUGCGUAUGGUGACCGUGGGCAUCGCCUCCACCAGCCCAGUCCUGCCGCUCCCUGAUGUCAUGCUGCUGGCCCGGCCUACCAAGGCAAGCAAUGAGCACCAAGGCCAAGUCCAAACCCGGCCCACCAAGGGGAGAGGCGGCAAACCCACCAAGGUCCUGGAACUCACCCGCCUCCUGCCCCUGAAGUUUGUCAAGAUCACAGUCCAUGACCGCCAGAAGCAGCAGUUGCGUCUCAAACUGGCCACAGGCCGCACAUUCUAUCUGCAGCUCUGCCCGGCUUCUGAUGCGCGUGAGGACCUCUUCAGCUAUUGGGAGAAGCUUGUCUACCUGCUCAGACCCUCGAUGGAAAGCUGCAGCAGCACUCCUACUCUCCAACCUGGCGACGUGACCACCUCGGACAAGACCAUGGUCUCGGAGCUGCAAGACGAAGGGGACAGGUAUGCACUCAGAUAUAACAAAGCCCAGGACAUCCGCGGCAUCACCUCUUCAGCUUAUGCAGGGGGCGAGGGCAACCUGCCCACCGCGCCCACCCCCACCCCUACCCCCACCUCAGAGACCACUUUAGCUGGGAGCCUGGCUUUGGCAAUGGGCGCCAACACGGGAGCUAUGGCCAUGACCACCGGUGGCAAGGCCAACCAGAAUACCACAGCCAUGACUGGCAUGUCCUCCCCAGCCUCCGAGGAGCUGAGCAGCACUUUUCCCGUCUCUGGGGCCAUCGCCCUGUCCACCGAGAAUACCACUAUGGCAGUGGCAGGCAGAACCAGCAAGUUCACUCAGGGCAGGAGCUCAAGAAACAAGGCAAAGGUGGGAGCCAAAACAGACCAAGUCCCCGAGAAGGAAACUGGCCCAGCUGCGGGCCCCCUGGUGUCCAUGAGCAAUCGGGAGGGGAGUAAGAGGUCCCACAAGCACAGCUCCAAGGAACGCAAGGAGAAAAAGGAAAAGGAGAAGGACAAGAGUUCCUCCAGAAAGAGCAGGUCCCGGGGGCACAGGUCCCAAGAAGGCCACUCACAACGCAGCUCUGACAAGCCCAAGCACCAAUCUUCCUCCUUCCGCAAAUCUUCGCACAAAUCCUCCCAGCGCUCAGUCUCGGGUGGGGGCAGCCGGAAAGAAGGCAAGAAGAAAGGGAAGGGCCACAGCCAGAAGGGCCGGGGGAGCUCGAAGAAAAGCAGCCGGAGAAGCUCAGCCAAGAAGUCUGUGUCCUCGCAGAAGGCCAGUAACAGUCGAUCCACCACCACCAGCUCAGGGACGCUGAGCAAGAAACUCAGCAAGAAGAGCUCUUUUUUCAAGAACUUCAGAACACUGCUUUCCUCUGAUCGAAGCAUGGACUUAGUGACCAAGACUGUGGAACAGCGCUUGGAGACGACAGUGGAGCAGUCUGCCGAGGACGACGUGGAAAUCUCCAGCUUCGUGACAUCUGAGACAAGGGAGACCAUCGUUAUAGAAACCAAGGCCCUUUAG